GAAAGAGCAGCUCUGAAAAGAGAAAAAUAAAUAAUACUUACUGUGGCGUGUACAAUAUGUGAGUUAUGUGGCAAAGAUCUGAGCCGAAAUUAUUUCGGAUUGAAACAACCGUGUGUGUUUUUUUUCAACUUUAAAGUCGUAAACCUCCAGCUGUCUAUAUGUAGAUGACUUCAUUCUGUUUUCUUCUGUUUCUUCGUCGUCCAUGUCACUGAUUUCUCUGGAGGAAAUGCUUCAUUAAAACCCCCGAGUGCAGAAUGUGUAGACGUGAAGGAUGGAGACGUAGAGGGCAGUCGCCCCCUCCACGUGUUCACACGCUCCUCCGCUCGGUCACAUGGAAGAACAGAGGGAAGCGUGGGCAGAGAAAGCUCCUCUCAUUAACUAAUGAGCAGGAUGUCAGGACUGCACACACACAUUAUCACAUCCUGCUCUAGUGUUGUCGUACCGCCGUCUUCCACUCACACAACUCUCCUGGUCUUCAUGGAGUGAAAGUACUUUAGGGUGGAACUCUGCUCUCUGUGCAGCAUGGAGGCGUUGGCACUUUUCUCUUUCACGGCAUCGGAUGCGGCAGAGAUCAGUUUUCAGAAAGGUGAUAUCAUUAAGGUGACAGAGAUGGAGGAUGAUUCUGGCUGGGUCACGGCAGAGAUCCAGGGGAAGCGUGGCUACGUGCCCCAAAGCUACAUUUCCCUUCUUCCUCAUCCGUGGUUUGCGGGUCGAGUGACCAGGCUCGAGGCUGAGGAGCGUCUCCGCUGGCAGGAUCCUGGAGUCUUCCUGCUGCGGGAGAGUGAAUCGGCUCCUGGGGAGUUUUCCAUUUCGCUUAGCUACGGCGACAGGGUGGAACACUUCCGAGUGCUUGAGGGGGGAGGUCGGUACUGCAUCUGGGAGGAGACGUUCCCAUCCCUGAACCGGCUGGUGGAGUUCUACAGAGCGCACAGCAUCGCCGUGGACAAGGUGAUCUGUCUCAGAGACCCUCCCUCCUCCCCUCAGCUGGCGUCCCAGUCUGGAUGCAACCCCUAUCCCAACCCGUACCAAGGCAGCUCCCAGGAGUCCCUCCUCUCAGCCGGCCUCUACUCUCCCCCGCCUCACCCAGACAGAGGGUCCAGCCAACACCUGCUGGAACCGGCAGCAAGGAAACGCCGCCUAGCUCACGCCCUCUGUGACUACACCCCGCCACAGACCGCUCACCUCCACUUUCUGCAGGGGGACAUCAUCGAUCUGCUGGACUGCUCCGGCUCUAUGGCCUGGAGAGGGCGCUGUCGAGGCCGUGUGGGCAUCUUCCCCCCAGAAUACGUCCAGCCGCUGCAGCACUGACGCCAGCAAACAGGCUGAGUAAGGGAAUGGUGCAAAAUAGAGUCCCCUGGUAGAAAUGACAUCACAGACCCAAGAUUACAGUCAACAUACUUACUACACUGCUCAAAAACCUAAGGCGACACAUAAAUUGCAUUGUAUAAUUUGCUCAGAACAAAAUUACAUAACACUCGGUGAAAGCCAAAAUCAUCAUCCCACAAAGGACAGAAUUCAAAUUCCCACUGACAAUCAAAGUGAAAAAAACAACACAAUCCAAGCUGCCAGAGUUUAGUGUGACUGCUGCCUGUGUGGACGUCUGAACAGGUCUGUGCAUGCGUGAGUGUGCAACUUGUUCCUGAGGAGCUUCUGGACAGUCUGUGGCUGACGUGAUGGGUUCAUAUGCACUGGUUCGUGUCACGCUGACAAAGCUGUGCUCCCUCAAGUUUUUGAGCAGUGCAAAUAAACUCUGUAUCAAAUACAUAAACAUUGCAGCUCUAACCUGAACCUUAAAACUCUGACCCACACUUUUCUUUUACCAGUAACCGCCUGUAGUGAGAGAAGUUUGCUUUAUUGAUUUUUGGGUCCCUAUAUAACAUUUGGUAAAUGUAAGCAAACUAUACAACAGCCAAAAAAGGAAAAGGCAUUCAUUACAAAUAUUGUUUGUUUCUGCUUAGGUUUUUGUUAAUAUUUUGGACAUUUGUGAAGAUGUAGAAAAUUCCAGAAAACUGUGUUUUGCUUUUCAUCUGGCAUAAAUGUUUUACAUUCAAACAUGCACAGUAUUUAAAACACAAACAAUCAUGAACAUGUUUUAUUCUAUAUAGUAACUUAAACUCUUUAAUAGCUUUAAAGUCAUGAGAAUUAAAAAACAUAAAACAUGAGAAUAGUAAUUGUACUUCAGAUUUCUACACAAACUAAAUUACAACUAAAAACACACUUUUUUGAUUUACAUUUAAUGCCUAAACAUGACUAUAAUAACUAGUUAUCAAUUAAACAAUGUAGAUGUAAUUGCACAGAGGUACGAUUACUUACUGCUUUAUUUGUCUGGGACGCCACACAGUAAUAAACAUCACUGUAAAUGUGCCGGAAAUGCUCAUUUUCAGUUCAGGUCUUAUGAAGCCACAAAAAUUUACUGUGAAUUUUCUCACCUUUGAGUAAAGAUAAUGUGUCAUGUUAACAUCUUAUCAGCUACAAGCUUUAAUUGAGUACAUUUCCCUUUUAAAACUUUAAAACUAGGUUGAAAAAUUCAAAUAUUACAUAAAACAAGGAGCUCGAUCAUAGACUUCAUUACAUACAGUACAAGUACAUUACAUUACCAAUUGUGUUUGUCUAAUAAAAUGAUUAGAACUGUCAUCACUGAUUCUACCAGAGCUGCUAAGGAUUUAAGAAUGUGAAGAUGUUUUUAUUACUAUUUUCUUCUGGCCUUUUUCAAAUACAAUUAAAAGGUGUUAUGUGCUUCCAAA